UUUCCCUUUGUUUAAUUUUCUUCCUCGGCAACCAAUCACUCUCUCCAGCUUUUUAUCUCUCUCGCCACGCUUCAUCGCUCCAGUCGUCUUCGCCUCUUUUUUUUUUCUUGUCUGUUUGGUAAAGCACAAAAAAUCCCUAAUUUUCGGUGCGACGAGCGACGACGGUUUCGUUUCUUGGUUCACUCAGAUCUACAUAUCCGUUACAACUCAUCGGUUUCUUCGGGAAUUCCUCAGUUUCCUUCGUCUGCAACCGCCGGGAACUUCGCCGGAGUCUCGCCGUGGAACUUGCAUUCUCCGGCUGUUUGCAUUGAACCGGGGAAAAUGGGUUCUUUCGUUUCUUGGUUACUUCUUUUUAGCGCAUAGUUUGAAUUUGGAUAUACGUUUGCAUUGAGAGCUUCAACUAGUUUUGAGUUCUAAAUGGAGGAAGCAACAGCAAAUUCUGGCGGAGGAACUUUAGAAAUGUUGGACGAUGCCAAGAAACAGCACAAUGUAUCUACAAUUGAUGGGAGGAGAAGUCCAGAGAGUGUCUCGGAAGUGUCGGUGGUGUCAAGUCAUACUGCUACUACUAAGAAGAAAUCAGACAUCGUCUCGAAAUUGACAAAGCCAACUGUAUCUUCCUCUUUACGGGUCUCGAAUUCUGUCCCUGUGGCCAGGAGAAAUAGCACUGGAGGAGUACCUGGCAGGCCAAAUGGUGUCAACAAAGUUAUGGCGAAAGGGACAAGUACUGCUUCAGCUACUGAUCCAGUGAGGCGGUCUCUUCCGGAACUGAGGAGGAGUUCAUUGCCGCCUUCUGCUUCCGCAAAGUCUGAAUCUAGAGCAAGCAUUCCUGAGACUAGGAAGUCUAUCCCAACUUCACCAGCUGGUCCGAGUCUGACAAAGUCAACUGGGUCUUGUGUAAGUAAGCCAGAUAUAACCAACAAGUCUUCAGGGAAGCCAGCUACAAGUGUCUCCCUGUCUUCUAAAAGAGUUCCAUCUUCAUCCGUUGACAGUAGUGGCAGCACUACGAGCACUGCAAGAGUGCGUUCUGCUCUCACUACAAGUGGAAAGACAGACUCUAAGGUUUCUUCUCCUGCUGGAUCAACAUCUGUCUCUAGUGGUUUAAGAACUCGAGUACUGCCUACGCCCCUUGAUCGGAGUUCCAAAUUUUCUGGGAGGAAGAAAACAGCUACCCCAGAAAGCCGUGAUUCACGGCUCGUCAUUCUCCCACAGGUUGAGGUUAAAGCUAGCAAUGAUGUGAGAUUGGAUCUCAGAGGCCACAGGAUUCGCAGCCUAAAUGCCAGUGGGCUGAACUUGUCGCCCAACCUUGAGUUUGUGUAUCUUAGAGACAAUCUCCUCUCUACGUUGGAAGGGGUUGAGAUAUUAAAGCAAGUCAAGGUUCUGGAUUUGAGUUUUAAUGAUUUCAAAGGGCCUGGUUUCGAACCACUUGAGAACUGUAAAGUGCUACAGCAACUUUAUCUUGCUGGAAAUCAGAUCACCUCACUUGCAAGCUUGCCUCAACUUCCGAACUUAGAGUUUCUCUCUGUUGCUCAAAAUAAGUUAAAGUCACUUGCAAUGGCAAGUCAACCUCGACUUCAGGUAUUAGCUGCCAGUAAAAACAAGAUAACAACACUGAAGGGCUUUCCAUAUCUACCAGUUCUUGAGCAUCUACGUGUGGAGGAGAAUCCAUUACUUAAGAUGCCUCAUCUGGAAGCUGCAUCCAUAUUACUUGUAGGUCCCACCUUGAAGAAAUUCAAUGACAGAGAUCUCUCUCGCGAGGAGAUAGUAAUCGCGAAGCGUUAUCCUCCACUAGCAGCCCUCUGCAUCAGAUAUGGUUGGGAAUUCUGCAAGGCGGAGCUUGCAACGGAUUCAAUGUUUCGCUUCUUAGUUGAGAGAUGGAAGGAUAAGUUGCCUCCCGGAUAUCUUAUUAAAGAAGUAUCUAUUGAUCAACCUUCUGAAGAAUCUCCUUGUCGCUGCCACUUUGGUCUCGUUCAAGAAAGUACUAUUGCUACUGAUCCUGAAUUAACCUUGAGAUAUCAGUGGCUUGUGGCAGACAGAACACUCUCUAGGUUUGUUCCUAUUCCCGAUGCAACCAAAGAGGUCUAUUGGCCAAAGCGCGAAGAGAUUGGUAAAAUCCUUAAAGUUGAAUGUACUCCUGUUCUAGGAGAGACAGAAUACCCUCCCAUAUUUGCCAUAUCUUCGCCGGUUACACGAGGAAAGGGAAUACCGAGAGUUGUUAGCCUUGAAGUACAUGGGGAACUUGUGGAGGGCAGCAUUGUUAAGGGUCAAGCAGAGAUAGCAUGGUGUGGCGGGACACCAGGAAAAUGUGUUACCAGCUGGUUGAGAAGAAAGUGGAACAGCAGUCCGGUUGUGAUUACUGGAGCUGAAGAUGAGGAAUACAGGUUGUCUUUGGAUGAUGUUGGUUCCAGUUUGGUUUUUAUGUACACACCUGUUACCGAGGAAGGUGCCAGAGGAGAACCUCAAUACAAGUACACAGAUUUCAUAAAAGCAGCUCUUCCAUCUGUAAGUAAUGUUCGAAUUAUUGGGGAUGUCAUUGAAGGCUGUGUCUUAAAGGGGGUUGGAGAUUAUUUUGGGGGCAAGGAAGGUCCAAGCAAGUUCGAAUGGCUACGCGAGAACAAGGAAACUGGAGACUUGUCAUUGGUAUCAGCUGGAACAUCUGUGUAUACAUUGACCCAGGAAGAUAUUGGCAGACAUGUCACUUUUGUGUACAUACCGACAAACUUUGAGGGACAAGAAGGGGUCCCUGUGUCAACUGCAUCCAAUGUAAUUAAGCAAGCGCCCCCAAAAGUGACAAAUAUUAAGCUGGUUGGUGACCUAAGUGAGAACAGUAAGGUUAUGGCAACAGGUACAGUUACGGGAGGAAGUGAAGGUUCAAGCAGAGUACAGUGGUUCAAAUCGAGUUGUUCUACGCUGGAAGGGGAGAAGUUUCUUGAAGCAUUGAGCACUUCAAAAGUUGCAAAGGCAUUCCGCAUACCUAUGGGGGCAGUCGGCUAUUACAUAGCUGCAAAAUAUACUCCAAUGUCCCCUGAUGGUGAAUGUGGUGAACCAGUAUAUGUAAUAUCCGAAAGAGCAGUCGAGUCACUUCCUCCCAGCUUGAAUUUCCUGUCAAUUACUGGAGAUAACAUUGAGGGUGGACUGUUGACAGCAUCCUAUGGAUACAUAGGAGGGCAUGAAGGAAGAAGUAUAUAUAAAUGGUUUUGUCUCGAGGAUGAAAAUGACCCUGAUGACGGGAUCAAGGGUGAGCCAAGAACGUGCACGGGCCAAGAACGUAUUCGUCCAGGAAGCCCAAGAGUGGUGUCUCUUCGGAUCGUUGGAGUUGCUGUUGAAGGGACAAUACUAUCUGCAGAAAAAGAAUAUUGGGGUGGUGAAGAAGGCACAUCUGUUUUCGGGUGGUUUCGGGCUAGUUCAGAUGGCUCCCCAUGCGAAAUCAAAGGCGCCACUACCCCAUCAUAUCAACUCUCAGUGGAUGAUAUAGGUUUCUUCAUUUCAGUUUCAUGUGAGCCUGUCAGAAAUGACAGGGCUCGUGGACCCAUAGUUCUUUCUCAACUAAUUGGACCAAUCAUAGCUGGCCCCCCUACUUGUCAGUCACUGGAGUUUCUUGGAUCAAUGAUUGAAGGACAACGCUUGAGCUUUGUUGCUUCAUAUAUUGGAGGGAUAAAGGGAAUUUGCCACCAUGAAUGGUUUAGGGUGAAUGAUAAUGAUGUUAAGGAGAAAUUGAGUAAUGAUGAAUUUUUGGAUUUAUCGCUGGAGGAUGUUGGGAAAAGAAUUGAACUUGUCUACACUCCUGUCCGGGAGGAUAGAAUAAAAGGCAAUCCUAGAGGAGGG